AUGGAUGAGUUCAAUAUACCCGAGUCAAUCAACGCCCCCGGGUCAAGGAUUGUGGCAGCGUGCAAGAGACAAGCGCGUAAUGUCGCCGAAGAAAUUCUCCAAAAUGAACUACUCAGUCCACGACGCUCCGACGCCGAGGAGAUAUUUCCGAUAGUGUUGCCACUUGUACAACGCUUGAACGACAGUGACUGGGCAUGGGUGUUGGAUUUGAUAUUGAAGUAUGACCCAGAUAUCCUGCUUGCAACAGAUCGCGAUGGCCAGACGGCUCUUUCCUGGGCAGCGGACUACGCCGAAAUAAAAUCUGUGCAACGCCUAUUACAGACAAAACAGAUACCAAGAAAUGAUAUGGUCAAAGCGCUUCUCCAGGUCGGAGGAAAAUGUCGAUGGCUAAAGUUUGACUCUGAUUCUUCCAGCGCGGCGGACAGAGUCAUACGACUUCUUAUUGAAAACGGAGUUGACGUAGCGAGGAGGUAUGAAGGUGCGAUACCUUUGACCCACGCAGUGCAGCUUGAGUCCGUAUAUGUGGUGGAAUGGUUGUGCAGGAAUUCCUCCAGCCUAGUCCCAGAGGCAUUUACCUCUCGAGACGAUGAAGGCCGGUCACCACUGUCCAUUGCCGUUCUCAACAAGCACGAUUGGGCCAUUGUGCUCCUCCUCAAUACAGGUCAUUAUGACCGUGACCAUGACAACUACGGACGAACGCCUCUGUAUUGGCUCUUACAGAGCAAGAUGGAGGAGACACAGAAAAGGAAACUAGCCAAAAUUCUCAUCUGGAAGGAAGCACACUACGACGUCCGAGGCGUAUUUUUCAAAACAGAUGAGUUGGGUGGUGUGCAAGAGCCUGAAGGUGAUAUGCAUGUGGACCCGGGGAUGCUGAACCAGUAUCAUAAAAACGACGGACUCACCUUGUUAUCACAUGCUGCCCAACUCAAUGAGGAAAAAGUCAUCAGGACGAUUCUGAAGAUAAGCGGAAUUGAGGCAGAUGCACCAAAUAGAGACAGCACGACUCCUUUGCACGUUGCCUUAGUUGGCAACAAGACAGAGGCUGCAAAAGCAUUAAUGGAAGCAGACAAGUCCACGUUUAAAAGGUUAAUCAGCGAUAGUCGACGUGACGAUGGCGCUAUCGGCCUACUUAAAAGGUUGCUAGAACUAGGGUACGAUGUCAAUCGGGAAAUGGACAAGGGCCAACCUCUUCAUAUGUCUGCACUGGAACUGGCACAGGGAAAUUUACAACUUAUGUGUCUUAUUAUCCCAUAUUGCGCGGGCCUGAAAUGUCUCACCAUUUCGAAGGAUGACUGGUUUGAGCUGGGUGCCAGGCAUGCUGCGUCUCGGGGCCGUACCUGGCCUAGGACAGGUACUGAGUCUGGGUUGCUAGUAAAACGUGGAGGGAAUGGGGAGCUCGAGAUUAAAUUCGAAGAUUUGGAAACCGUGACGCCCUCCCCAUGCUGUCCAAACAAUGACCGAAUUAAUUCGGAGAUUAGUAUACUGGUGCACAGGGACCGGGACACCUGGAGAAAUCCAGCAGAGUAUCCACCUGAACAGUACGAAUGCUGCGGUCGACAGUGGCGAAGUUACCACAUUUCGCUUGAAUUUCCUAGCAGAGAUAGGGAGGAUAGGAAACUUCUGUUGGGUAUCGAAUGGACCAUGGAAGCCACUGAAAAUGGAGAGCCGGGCAGGGUACUUUACAGCAGCACGCUGCCUAAAGUUUGGCUUCCACGUAAUUUGAUAGAGUUCUUAGACGAAUUCCUGAAAGAGCUAUCCUCUCAGUGGCAAAGAGUAUGUGGUGACGUUGAUCAAAGGAUGAUAUCCAAUAGGCUGAAUAGCCAAUCCCCCAACUCAUCGAGAUCGUCUUUAUUCAACGAGCUUGAGAAAGAUUAUGUCUACCUUGCAAAGCUUCGCGCAGCCUUAUCCCUCCACAUCGAGGAUGUCAGACGGCAAUUCCCCGCAUCCCGCCGAGAUUACUUUGAUCAUAUUCACCUGGGUGAUAGUAUUGAACGCUUACAGGAAACUACCAUAAACAAGUUAGAUCAAUUCGAGCAAGUGGUAACAGGUAUUCUGCAAUUGCAAUUCGCUCGUGCCUCAAUCAACGAAGCCGCCACCAUUCGAAGGAUCACUCUCGUCACAUUCGUUUACUUGCCCCUGAUGUUCUCUGCGUCCCUAUUCGGCAUGAAUGUCAACGCACUCGAAAACAAUCCGGACUGGCGAUGGUAUCUUCUUUUUGCCGGGGCGUCUUUCCUUGUGACAUUCGGUAUCUACUAUUAUCCAUUUACGGGGAUUUGGCUCCCGCAGAGCUCUGGAACCCGGGCUCUUGUUAGUACAAGCUUCCUAAAUCGCCGUAAGGUGGCCCGGGCUAGGAGUUCUGGGUCUGCUGUAUGA